AUGACUGUUGAUUGGGACAAAUAUUUCAGUAAUGAGGCAAAACUCAGAGAGCCAUCGGUUAUGAAGAUGGCCGCCAGAACUCCCGAUACUAUUUCCUUUGCCAGUGGGAUGCCUCACCCUGAUUGUUUCCCUUUGAAAGGCCUCUCUAUCAAAUAUGAGACUGCUGAUUCCGGAUUCUCCAAGUUGGCUACCGGAUCCAACGAAGAUGCUGUCAAUGCUGCACAGGCAGAUGAUGAGAUCUAUGAGGCUUGUCAGUACAUGUCCGGUAGAGGAACCACCUUUUUCGACAAGUUCUGUAGGCAUCACAUAGAAGAGUUUCAUAAGCCUGUAUACGGCGAGUGGGGAACUUUGAUUCAGUCAGGAGGUACUUUCUCCUUGGAUGCCAUCAUUCGAAUGCUCUGUAAUCCAGGCGAAGAUACUAUUUUGGCCGAGGAAUUGACAUAUCCGUGUCUCCUGGAGACUUGUAGACCUCUUAGAUUGAAGGUUUUCGCCGUGAAGAUUGACAAUCACGGAGUUAUUCCCGAGGAUAUGGAGAGAAUUCUUACUGAUUGGUAUACAGAUCUCUCUACUAAAGACUACAAGAAGCCUAAGUUUUUUUACUCGAUGCCUGUUGGUCAGAAUCCAUCAGGUGUCACGAUGACGGUGGAAAGAAAACGUCAAUUGUUUGGCGUGUGUCAUAAGCAUGAUGUUUUGGUGGUUGAAGAUGAUCCGUACUAUCAUCUACAGCUUGACGGUGACAAAAAAGAGAUUCCAAGUUUGUUAAAGUUUGAUACCGAUGGACGAGUCAUUAGAAUUGACUCGUUUUCCAAGAUGCUCAUGCCGGGAAUGAGAAUCUCUAUUGUUACUGCCAACAAAACGUUCAUUAAGAUGUUAACUAUGCAGAAUGAGUUAACUAUCCACUCUGCUGCUGCUCCUUCUCAGCUCAUCGUCUAUAUGUUGAUGAAUGAAUGGAAGAACGACGGUUUCCGUUCUUGGUUGACUCAUGUGCAGGAUAUCUAUCUUAAAAGAAGAAAUACUAUUCUCGAUGCCUUUGAUAGGCAUCUUCCUGCUGAUCUAUGCUCCUGGAACAAACCUUCCUACGGCAUGUUCUUGUGGAUUAAGAUCAGCAUAGCUCAAUUUCCAAAACUAGAAGAAUACAGCCAGCUUACUGAUCCUGAAUGGGCGGCCAAAUUGGAAGAUAUGAUCUUCGAGCAAGCACUACAGGACGAAAUUCAAUUGGCUAAGGGCCACUGGUUUAUGAUCGAUCAGUUGAAUAUGGCCGGUUUUAGAGCCACCUAUGCUUUUGCCUCAUUGGACGACAUUUAUACUGGUUCUGAAAGGUUUGGUAAUGCCAUUAGACAGAUACAUGCCAAGUUAUAUAAUUAA